CACCUCUAUUGUUUUUUUCCUAUCAACAUGAGCGCUGUGAACGAUCCACUGGAAUUAUUGACAAAUAAAGGCAACCGCCAGUCGUCUUUCUUGUCGCCGAUAUGGAAUCCCCUAGCCUGCGGACUGGCUGGAGUCGGCGUGGCCAUUUUUGUCAACUGGGGAUUCCGUAGGCCCGUGUUUUCCGGCAUCCAGAAGCAUAUUGCCUUUGGAGUCCUUGGCGUCGGCGCAGGAUCCUAUUUCGACCAGAAAAGAAACGAUUAUUUGGCCAAAAGAGAUGCCGUCCUCCGGCACUACAUUGAACUGCAUCCCGACGAUUUCCCCGUGAAGGAUCGCAAAAAGUACGGCGACGUCCUCGAGAGUUGGGUGCCAGUUCGUUAAGUGGAUCAAAAUCUUUGUUGUUAAACGAACGACGGAAGUAGUUAAUAAAACAGCUUUAAUUGUAAUAUGAA